UUUUACGCGUUACGCAAAACGUAUCGGAAAUGUAUCAGAGAAGGGAAUGCUGUCCUACCGCGCUCUCAAGCUCACGGGGGCAAACCGGUUGUUCCAUUCUCCAGGGCACACUCCAAAUGUGGACGAGGUGAAUAGUCACGUUCAGUCUAUGCCUAGUACACAUGUGCAGUUCCCCAACCUGUCGUCGGCAGCACGGCUGCAUAUCAUACCGAAGGCUUCCAAUAAUAUCAGUGGAGCAGAAUCCACCUUGGCCGCUGUCCAACGCGCUGUCCGAAGCGACUUUGGCGAGCAAUAUACCGUUGAACUUUUUGGGAGUGCUCGGACAGGAUUAGCCACAGCGAAAAGUGAUUUGGACAUGGUCAUUCUCGACCCCAGUCAACCACACGGAUAUCUACCCGGAAAAGGACCUAGGAAACCACCUCCUAUCUAUAUUAUGCCCCGGUUGGCAAGAGCGCUGAAAGCUCGUGGCUUCACGAUCAGGCUGGUGUUAGGCGCAGCCGCUGUUCCAAUCGGUCAGUUUAGCGUGACGUCAAAACCCGGACGGGCUUGAACGUUUCAGUGAGGUUCAAGGAUCCGGAGACUAAUCUCAUGGUGGAUCUGAACGUCAAUGAACGGCUCGGCUUGGCCCUGUGAUUGUGGCCAUCAAGGAAUGGGCCCAUUCACUUGGACUGAACACUCCCGGCGGCAUCGGCAGCCACCCUGCGACCUUCAGCAGUUACGCGCUGUCUAUGAUGAGCAUCGCUUUCUUCCAGUCUCAGGGACUGUUACCGAAUCUCCAAGACCCCAGCGUGCUUCCGUCAGAACCUUCUGUCUAUUUCUUCAAACAUCCCAAAAAGACUGUAGUGGUUCCCUGUGAUAUCCGUUACGGGCAAGCCGAUGGCUGGACGGCGCCUAAUGACGUCCUGGUGGAGGAUUUGCUCCAACGAUGGUUCAAAUUCUGGAGCUCGGAGUUUGACUUUGAGGAGCAAGCCAUCAGCAUCCGGCACGGCGGGAUUGUUUCGCGGUCCGCGAUCCGUGAAGAAGGGUUGCUGACAUCUCCUAGAUAUUUAUGGAACAUUGACCCGUUCAUACGAGCCAAGGUGGGUUGCUGUGACCGUUGUCUGUUCUGUUCUCAUCUUUGGGGACCAGAAUUUGUCGCGAAGCGUUGGCCCGACUUCUCUUGCCCGAUUCCAAUUGGACUGUCAGCGACGGGCUAGUUAUGCGUGAUACCACCUAGAUGCGAUGAGGCGAUAGUAAUAAUAAUUUAUAAUUGUCUGUCGUUGAAGACGGUCACUUGCCUCGAUACGCCCCGAUAGUCUGCGCUCCCCUGAUCAAGGGUUGUGUGUGCGUCGAAAUUUGUAUGGUGCGUUGUUUCGAGCGCUCUCUCACCGUAAUUGUCCCCAUUCAGUACAGCCAUCUUCAUUCGGAAGGUUUGACAAGUGAUGUAUCAGUCAUCCACAGACCUAAUCUACUUCUUACUUACACCCUUGACCCUCAGUCGCUGGCGGCCACCUCUCCCUCGAUCCUCCCCCCUACGCACUUCCAGUCAAGUGAACAAACAAUAUGUCCUGGAAACUCGGCUCGUCAAAGAAAACCAAGGAUACGAAGGAGACCGGAGUCGUCUCUCGUUCGGUGACACCCAUCCCGUCGCGUCCGACGACUCCCAAGGCAAAUGGAGACCAGUUCAGGAGCGGGAUGCUCACGAUUCGCAUCUUCUCAGGCCGCGGGUUCUCUCUUCCAUCAGAUGUCGCUGUCCCGGAAGCUAUCCAGAAGGCGCUGUCGUCGGCACCGGCGCGCAAGCCCAUCAACAAUCGCGAAAGCAUACAACGCAAGCGCUACCUUCCCUAUGUCGUCCUGGAAUUCGACAAGAACGAAAUCCUGAUCGAUGCGCUGGAUGGGGACCUUUCUAGCCCAGUCUGGAACUACAGGGCACAUUUCGAUGUAUCGCGGACCUCCACUGUGUCCGUGUCUGCCUAUCUCCGAACGGAUGCAGCCGUUCAAGGCCAAGACGACAUGGGCAAUGACUUAUUGAUGGGCCGAGUGGAUCUGACUCCCGCACUGGAUGGUCAUCACUCGUCUGAUCAGUGGUAUACUGCCACUGCCGGGACUGGAUCGUUCCACUUAAAGAUCGACUUUCGGCCCUCACGCGAUGAGCCAUUGACGAUCGAGGCGUUUGAUCUGCUGAAGGUUAUCGGGAAGGGAAGCUUCGGCAAGGUGAUGCAAGUGAGGAAGAAAGAUACGCAACGAAUCUACGCUCUGAAGACGAUUCGGAAAGCGCAUAUCGCCCAACGUCCCGGAGAAAUCACCCACAUCCUUGCAGAGCGAACAGUGCUCGCCCUCGUCAACAACCCCUUUAUCGUCCCGCUCAAAUUCUCAUUCCAAAAUCCCGACAAGCUCUAUUUGGUCAUGUCGUUCGUCAACGGAGGCGAACUGUUCUACCACUUGCAGCGCGAAGGCAAAUUCGAUCAAGACCGGAGUCGUUUCUACGCUGCCGAAUUACUCUGUGCACUGGAGCAUCUACACGGAUUCAACGUUGUUUACCGAGACCUCAAGCCUGAAAACAUCUUGCUUGACUACACAGGCCACAUCGCAUUGUGCGACUUUGGUCUAUGCAAACUCAACAUGUCGGAAUCGGAGAAGACCAACACCUUCUGUGGCACACCCGAAUACAUUGCACCCGAACUGCUAGAGAGCCAGGGCUACACAAAGACUGUUGACUGGUGGACCCUGGGCGUGUUGCUGUAUGAAAUGAUGACAGGAUUGCCUCCAUUUUACGACGAGAAUGUCAACACUAUGUAUCAGCGCAUCCUCUCCGAUCCUCUCAACUUCCCCCCGGACAUGUCGUCGGAGGCCAAGAGUGUGAUGACCGCUCUGCUCCAGAGAGACCCGACCAAACGACUUGGAGCCCAUGGCAGCGAAGAGAUCAAAAAACACCCCUUCUUCGCAAAAUACAUAGACUGGCCCACGUUGCUCGCCAAGAAAUACCCGACACCGUUCAAGCCAAGUGUUGAAUCGGUGCUCGAUGUCGCGAAUUUCGAUGCGGAUUUCACAAACGAACUGCCUCAAGAUUCGGUGGUUGCCGACUCGGCCCUCUCGGAAACUGUGCAGGACCAGUUCCGUGGCUUCACCUAUAAUCCAGCAAACGAACACCUCAGCGAAAGUGUCAGCUAUCCUAGCAACAUGGCUUGAACGUUACUUCCAUCCAAAACUCGGACACGCGCUUCCUGUACUUGUCACUUGUCUUUACUUACAUAAAUUGAUUCGCGGUUUCCUGUUAUGUCGGAGUGCACGUGCCGUGCAAACUGCGGCGCGAGGCGGCGGCAGAGUCGGAACAAACAUACCCAUCAUUCCCGUCAGUGGCGAGACAACGGCGCGUGGCGAGUUGUGGGUCCGAUGCUGUUCACUUGACGCCUUGUGUGGCGUGCUGUGGCGGAUGUAAACUCACGCUCCUUCUUGUUCGUUACCUCCACCCCACACCCGUCCCCUGCCCUUGUUCCCCCUUUUAUGGAAAGCCCCACUGCUCCCGGCCGGUUCAAACGCAAGUUCGCACAGGGGGCCCAUUCCCCGCAGCCCGAAACCGAUUCAGUGUCUGAGAACGAGAGCCCGCCGCCCGCCAGGAUCGAGCACCAUCCGAAGGAGAAGCCCAAGGAAAACAAGUGUGAGACUUGCGACCUCCGCUUUGGGCGUGAAGGAGACCGCCGACGGCAUGAGCGUAUCAUACAUCAGCCGAGGGGAACGCACAAAUGCCCUCAUUGCGGGAAGACACUGAGCCGAGAGGACGCUGUCAAGCGCCAUAUCAAGCGGUCUCAAUGUGCGAAAGAGCGGCAGGUGGCAGAGCUGGACCAGCCUGGGCCCGAUGCGGAAGACGAGGAGGAUGGCCCCGACGACACAUCGUUUAUCUUACGGCCCGCCAGCCCUGCCGCUUCCACGUCUGAGGUAUCUGUCGAGUCGGAAGAGGAGACCAUCUACAAUCGGCCCCCAGAAUUCGAAGCAUGUCCGCGGCGGAAGGAGGCAGACGACGCGCCAGGAGUGAACCUGUUACUCGGGGUGAAGAAACGCAAAGUUUUGAAAGAGGAGCGGUUAGAAGAGGAGACGGGAGACGAGCCGCAGGAUGAGCGAAAGUUCGGGUGCCGCACUUGUGGAUUGAAAUUCGGUCGGGAUCAUGACCGUAGAAGACACGAGGUUUCGGUCCACGAUCGGCAUGGAACAAACGCUGGAAGACAUGAAUGUACCUUCUGCGGCAAGGUUAUGAGCAGGAAGGAUGCGCUCCAUCGCCAUCUAUCGCGAACCUCGUGUGGUGCAAAGCGUACAGCGGUGGAAGGCACUUCCGACAGCUUACCUACAGCGGAGAUUGAACCGGCCCAUCGAGCUCCAGUACUCGUCGGUGAGCCCGUGAUCCUCAUAGUGCCCGGCAGGCGGGCAAUAGACUCGCCGAAGAAAGACGAGGAUGCGAUAGCUGAUUGAUUUUAUCAUUAAAAUAGAUUGUAAAUCUAUGUACCGAUGUAUGCCCGCGACGAAGGAAUGUAUGUACAAGAUACCUCUCUUGAGCGUCAGCUGUCCAGGUAGGCUCAUGUAACACAGCCUCACCACGCAUCAGCAAACACCAAAAGUUCUGCCCUCAUCACCUCACACCGGGUCGGGCGAAAAAUGGCACAACCACGCGUUCCACUGUGGGCAGCCGAUACCGACGAUCUGGAUGAGGACCUCCAAGAUAUGUCUCUCGGAAAUUACGGGCAAACUGGAUAUGAGGAUACUCUGUUCCAGCAGCCUCAGAUCGACGAAGCUACACUAAUGGCAAUGCAGCAGCACAUUGCACAACAGACCGCCUUUGCCCAGAUCCCGGAUGUCGUGAAAGGCUUCAUCGUCCACUUUCACCAAGCAGUUCUCGACAACAACUUGCCUGAAAUUACGAUCGCGUAUGAGAGUGGAUGGAACAAGUAUACCGAGAAGUUCUAUUCCAGAACCGAAUGGCCGGAGGCGGAGAUUAUUGCUCCUCUGGUCAACGAUGACCCUAUUUUCCUCAUUCUCUAUCGCGAAUUGUACUACCGUCACGUCUACUCUCGAUUGCAGCCGAAUGUGGAUGAUCGUUUCCAUUCGUACGAGAAUAGCUGCGAGUUGUUCAACUACCUGCUCAAUUCUGAAGGCCCUGUCCAACUAGAGCUGCCCGAACAAUGGCUAUGGGAUAUCAUAGACGAGUUCAUCUAUCAGUUCCAGGUCUUCUGCAGCUGGAGAUCGCGGGCCAAAUCUAAAACUGAGGACGAACUGGCCAUGCUGUCAGAGGGUGGGCCGGUUUGGAGCUCUUAUAGUGUUCUCAACGUGCUCUACUCUUUGAUUCAAAAGUCGAAGAUCAACGACUACAUCAAUGCUUUCCAGGCAGGCAAAUCUUCCGAAGAAAUUGCCGAAAUCGUCGGAGAAUAUGGUGUUAAACCGUUGUACCGACACCUUGGAUACUUCAGCAUUAUCGGUCUUCUCCGAGUGCACGUUUUGCUGGGCGACUUCACGCUUGCGCUGAAAGUGAUGGAGAAUGUUGAGCUGAACCAGAAGUCUCCCUACACUCGGGUCACAGCGUGUACUGUGGCAACAUACUACUACGUCGGAUUCUGCUAUAUCAUGCUUCGAAGAUAUCCGGACGCCAUUCGCACAUUUGUUUCCAUAUUGAACUGGAUCAUGCGCAUGCGGCAAUACCACACGAGGAGUUACCAGUACGAUCAAAUCAGCAAGACGGCGGACAGGAUGUACGCCCUCUUUGCCAUCUGCAAUGCCUUGUCACCGAGCAGACUGGAUGACAACAUCGCCAAUAUCUCGAAGGAGCGAUAUGGUGAACAAUUUGCCAAGAUGGCUCGUGGCCAGGAGGACGCCAUUCCAGCUUUCAAAGAGCUUUUCCUCUACGCUUGCCCCAAGUUCAUCAAUGCCAACCCUCCACCUUAUGACGAUGCGGAGGCUCUGUCCGCCCUGCUUGCCAGUUCCUCUGAUCCCUCCGCUGAAGCCGACGCCUUGACCGACCCAGCUCAGCGACAUGUGAGCUUGUUGCUCGCUGACGUGGCUGCUCAAACACCUGUGCCGACUCUGCGCAGUUUCCUCAAGCUCUACACGAGUCUUGGCGCCAAGAAACUUGCCAGCUUCCUAGAUGCAGACGAGGAGGAGAUGGUUCAACAGCUCAUGGUUAUGAAACAGUCUAGCCGGAGCGUCACACAUGUUCCUGGUGGAAAGGGUCUCCUCGACGGCCAGACUGCUUCGACGAGUGAUCUGAACUUUGUGAUCGAUGAGAACAUGGUCCACAUCGCCGAGUCUACUGUCGGGAGGCGCUAUGCUGGCUGGUUUAUCAAGAACACUGAGCGAACACAAAAGCUGUAUGACGAUCUCAAGCAUCAGCCGCUCCCCGUGUCCAAAACGGUUGCCGCUCCGACGGGUGCUUCAGAGAAUAAGCCCAAGUCUGCGCCCCCUAAAGUAGCAUGGGGAGGUGUUAAGACCCUGUAGAUAUCGUGCACAUGUAAAAGCGAAGUGUGAAUUCUCGAAAGAAGAGCGACCAUCACAUCGGAGUUGUCUUAGUCCACGAGUUGUAACUUGCCAUCUCCCUCUAUCAUGGACUUGCCUUCAUUACAAGUCCCUUUCGGCAAUGCACUGAAUGCGACUGUACAAGCACCGACCGUCCGUCAUCACAUCCUUUGCGGCUCAUUCCGUUCCGUGUCCUUGUUCCUUCUGGCUUUCACGCCUCUCCAACCUUCCUUGGAGCUCGUACAACACAUCCCCGGAUUUGGCCCUCACCAAUACAUCGGACUAGGGCCUCAGAACCCCCACAGUAGCAUUCGACAUGCCUACACAACUACAUGGGCUCUUCCACCCAAACUUCACUCAUGGGCCAUCGAAGCACAGACGGAAGGUCUCCGUGUCCGCCCGCUCGACAGCAAAUCCAUCACCGCGACGUCCUCGUACGUCAUUGUACCACCCCCAUACACCCAUAUCUAUGCCGCGGGGGGACCUUCGGCCCAGGUGCACGCGGCAUCUGAGGACGGUGGGAUCGGCGCUCACGCGCAAGAGCUAUACUUUGUACCCGAAGCGGAGUGGGCAGCAGCAGAUAAGACACGCAAAGCAUUGCGCUAUGGUUCUCACGCGAUCGAGUUUGCGUUUUCUGCCAACGGACCUACCCUGGGAUUUAUUCCUGUGCUCGGCGGGUCGACGAUUGAGAUUUACACCCGAAACGCGGAUGGCACGCUCACUCAUGUGCAAACUAGCCACGCACCCGCGCGGGAUGGAGCCGCUCCGGAUGCACACGAUGGACCCAGACAUGUGAAGGUGCAUCCGAACGGAAAGCUGCUGUAUUGUGUCACGGAGCACACUAAUUAUCUGGACGUCUACUCGAUCGAGCAUUCUUCCGAGAACAUCCUUACCUGGGUUGCUUCCCGCUCGCUUAUCCCUGCUGGCCUGCGAACGAGUCCUGGGGCGGAAGAACAGUAUUCGUUCAGAGGCGACACGCUUAUGCUGGCGCCCUCCAAACCGAGCCAACCCGCUCCCGAUACGAUCUUUGUGACGACACGGGGUGGCGACGACGACACCAAUGGCUGGGUCUCUGCCUUCCGGCUCGACGAGGAGGGCAUGUUUUUCGGGGAAGUGGAGACGAAUCCGUAUCUCGUUGAGCGCUACGAAGCCAAGACCUCAGGUGGGAAGGCGCAUGCUCUUGAUGUUCUCCACAAGGAAGACGACGAGAAUGGCGGAAUGUGGGUCUUGCUGACUGACGACUCUCCGCCGCAUCCGGGACUGCGCGUUCUCGAAUGGGAUGGCUGGCUCUGGCGGGGUGGAGGAGCCAAGCUGAGGGAGGUUGCAGCUUGGCCGUCCGAGACUGCCGGGCCCAGUUCAGACGCAGAAGCCAUGGAAGGGGGUAGUCAUGCAGUUUGGCUAGAUUAAACAACUACAUCGAUCAUCGCAGGGUAUCGUUAGAAUCGAAGUCGUGAAUGGCAUAAAGAUAUAAC